AUGGUGGAGAUGCUGCCAACUGCCGUUCUGCUGGUCUUGGCAGUGUCCGUAGUCGCCAAAGAUAAUACUACGUGUGAUGGCUCCUGUGGGCUACCGUUCCGGCAGGCCCUGCAAGGGAGUGUGCGUGUCGUCGGAGGCCAGGCCGCCGCUCACGGGGCGUGGCCCUGGAUGGUCAGCCUGCAGGUCUUCACCUACCACAACAGCCGGCGGUACCAUGCGUGCGGGGGCACCUUGCUGAAUGCCCAGUGGGUCCUCACCGCUGCUCACUGCUUCAGGCUCAAAAAAAAAGCAUAUGACUGGAGACUGAUUUUUGGAGCAAGGGAACUUGAAUACGGCAGCAGCGAGCCCGUGAAGCCACCUCUCCAGGAGAGGUUUGUGGAGAAGAUCAUCCUCCACGAGAGAUACUCCCCCAUCUCAGAAGCCAACGACAUUGCUCUCCUGAAGGUCACCCCUCCUGUUGUCUGUGGGCGCCUCAUUGGACCUGGCUGCCUGCCCCAGUUCAAAGCAGGCCCACCCCGAGUAGCCCAGACCUGCUGGGUGGCUGGCUGGGGGUUCCUAAAGGAGACCGACCACAAGAUGUCACCUGUGCUGCAGGAAGCCCCUGUGAGUAUCCUUGACCUCAGCUUGUGUAACUCGACCCAGUGGUACAGAGGGCGCAUUAGCUCCAGCAAUGUGUGCGCGGGAUAUCCUGAAGGCAACAUCGACACCUGCCAGGGGGACAGUGGCGGGCCGCUCAUGUGCAGGAGCAGCCCAGAAGACCCCUAUGUGGUCGUAGGACUGACGAGCUGGGGGGUAGGCUGUGCCCGAGCUAAGCGCCCCGGAAUCUACACAUCCACGUGGCCGUAUCUGAGCUGGAUUGCCGCCAACAUUGGUUCCAAGGCCUUGCAGCUGGUUCAGCCAGCCUCACUCCCGCUCCGACCCCCGGCCCUGCCCCCACCCCCGGGCUCAAACCUGCUUCCUCCCCCGCGUCCAUCUUCCACGAAACCUUCCGAAGCGUCUUCCUUUGCCAAACGACUGCAGCAGCUCAUCGACAUCCUCGGUGGGAAUGCGAUGAAUUCCAGUGAAAGAACAGGCGAUGACGAAACGGGGGCCACCGACAUCCCAGAGGUGACCCAGAUGUCAACGGCCACCGACAUCCCAGAGGUGACCCAGAUGAAAACCUCACUCCCUAGGGGCGGAGAGAAAGAUGAAUAA